AUGCUCGGUCGCCUUUUCCACUUCGGCUUUGACGCGCUCGCCAUCUCGGCCGUCCUUGCGGGCGUCAAGAAGACAACUGGGUUCGCCCCCGACACCACCCAGAUCCCUGAGUCGUCGAUUCGCUCUAUCGCAGAUGGCUACCUUGGGGCCGGCGAAUCCGUCUUCAACCUCGUCACGGGGCAGGCCGUCACCUCGUCGUACUUCAAGAAGGCCGAGUAG